AUGGGCGGGCUGCGGGCCGCGGGCCGCGCGCGCCGCCUCCCCGCGGCCGGCGCGGGCCGCACGGAAGGGAAGCGCCGAGCCUGCCCGCCGGCCUGCCGCGGGGUGGGGCCGCCUCGCCGCCUUUUAUCGGGCCCCGCUCCUCCCCCGGCCUCGCCGCCGCGGCCCUGCCCCCGCGCUACCCCGCCCCGGCCUCCCCGCCCGCGCCUCGGACGGAGGCGGAGCGGAGGCGGGCGCGCCAGCGGCGGGCGGGCGGGCGGGCGGGCGGGCGGUGCGCGCGCCCCGGUCCGGCCCGCGCGGCUCCCGCGCCCCUUGCGCUGCGCCAGCCUCGCCAGCUGCGGCGACUCUCACUCCGGGAGGGCCGGCCGCCGCGGCCCAUCUUCGCCCGAGCGCCGUGCUUUGGUUUGGAGCCGGUGGCCAGGCCUGGGUCUCCCUCCGCCCGGGGGUGAGAGUCGCGGAGCACACGGGCAGGCACGGGGAUGGGGGGAUGCCCCAAGGUGCGCGCACCCACCUCCCGCCUUGAAUGCCCCAGGUCAGCCUUCGGAGGAGCCCCCCCCCCCCCGCCGCGCCCCAGCAUCAGCAGGAGAAGCUCCGGAGAGGCAGGAUUUGGCGCGCGCUGGGGAUGCGGUGGUGGAGACGGAGCUGCCCGACGCUCGAGGCACUCACUUCCCCUUGCGCAGCGCCCUGGAGAGCUGUCAGCCCGGGAAGGCUUCGCGCCGGCCUCGGAGGUUCAGAGAGGUUAUGGUUCUUGCCUUAGGAAGCGGUGGAGGCAUCAGGACUUCCCCAAGGCGCGCAGCCGACUCCCAACAGGAGGAUGUGAGGUGGUCAUGCCCUUCUCGCAAGAGACAACGCUUUUUACAAGAUGGAGCGUAGGAAAGGUUUUGGGGACUGGGAAGAGUUGUUUUUUCCUUUUUUAAAGAUUUUAUUUAUUUAUUCAUGAGAGAGACACAGAGAGAGGCAGAGACACAGGCAGAGGGAGAAGCAGGCUCCAUG